AAGUCUCAUAAGUGUCUCUGCUUUCAAAAAGGAAGUUUCUUUUAAGUCUAUGGGAAGUAGCCUACAACAUCGACAGUGGGUGCAAAGAUUGUAGCUCGAUUGAAAAUAGCUGCCGUGUGGUCAAUGUUUUAUUCUUGAAAUUUUCACCGAAAUGAAAUGUUCACGACGUGUAGCCCAUCGUUUUGAAUAUAUGUCAACACAAGGAGAAGUAGACUUAGAAAAAAGGCUGCUCUGUAGCCUACCUUAUCAGCUGUCUAAUCUGGGCUGCUACUGUAACAGGCAGCUAGUUCACGUCUACUGAGUUUACGUUUUAUCAGGCAACACGGUGGGCUUACAGAGACUUUUAACACAAAACACGUUAUCUGCUACUGAAAGUGUGUUCUGUUUCAGGAAAAUUAGGAGGCUGGAAUUGUUGAACAUACACUGAUAUUGAGGGGAAAAAACAUGGCAUUUCCACCAGCUACACAGAAACUCUCAGGUCUGGCCCAGAUCACCGAGAAUCUUUACCUUGGAAGUGCAAGGGCAGCUAGUGAAAAGGCAGUCGUGUCCAGCCUCCAAGUCACCUGCAUCAUCAACGCUACCGAGAAUGUUGAUAACGACGUCGCAUCAACUGUUGAACACAUUCGUGUAUCAGUUUUGGACUCACCAUCGACCUCUAUUAUCGACCAUUUCGAUGCCAUUGCUGAUAAAAUCCAUCGUGUCAAGGAGCAGAGUGGUCGGACGCUGGUACAUUGCAACGCCGGUGUGAGUCGGUCUUCAACGCUUUGUCUGGCAUACUUGAUGAAGUACAGAGACAUGUCGCUGGUCGAGGCCCACAGUUGGGUCAAGGCCCGCAGGCCGCUAAUCAGACCCAACAGCGGUUUCUGGAAACAGCUAAUCGAGUAUGAACGCAGGCUUCGCGGAAUCAACACUGUCAGUAUGAUAAUGUCAUCUGUUGGAGAAGUACCUGACCUGUAUGAGAAAGAGGUUAAAGAUAUGGUAGCCCUGAGAAAUCUCUUUACUUUUUAGACAUUUCACAGUUUGCACUUUGCUUGAUUUUAUAAGAACUUUUAGAAAUUGUUAAUGAUUCUGAGGAAAUGAUUUUACUCUAUUUUUUUUACAUUGUGUGUGUAUUAUGUGUUAUUUUAUAAUUAAACAACAUGCUCAUUUA